AUGGCCGCCUUCGUGCGCGUUUCAGGCCCUGCGAAUGGCAAUUUCCUGAUCGGCUAUCCAGGCAUCUCUGCGACCAUGCCUCGGAUCGAAGGUAAAGUAGAGAUUCGCCCAAGUGUUGGCAUAUCUGCGCCCGUCAAUGUCUCCCUCGUUACUAUUUCACUCCUCCGCCGCGAGACUAUCCACCCAUCGGCCGACUCCGUAACGAAGAAGCGCCUUGCUCCACCUCGCAAAGAACUCACAGAGAUCGUCGGCAAAGAAAUGUUGUUGUUUCGCUGUCCUGCUGGGAAAGAACAUGAAGAAGUUAUCGCCAUGGAUCUGCCAUUUGUACUAUUCAUUCCAUUUGGCCGUGGGGGCCGCGAUUCUUCGCGACGGGUACCCCCAGCAAGCUUGCAGCUGCCCAGCCGUACUGCCGAGACAUUCUAUGAAAUGAUGGUCAUGGUGCAGCAAGGUCAUUCCGAACAACGCAAAUACACAUUUCCAGUUCCGAUCGCCCGCUACGACACACUAUCUACAUUUGGCAUGUAUAACCGGCCCGAGUCGGCAGAGCGAGUAUCUGACCAUUUGGUCACCCUCGCCAUCUCACUCCCACGGUGGUCAUAUGGACCACUAGAUCCCGUCAGCGUCUAUGUGAAGCUGUCGCCGAAUCAAGAUUGGAUGGGUAAAGCCCGCAAAGUCACUAUCAACAAGAUCACGAUUGGUAUCGACGAGGAGAUCAUCUACAAUCACGAGGGUGAUGAGCCUCAGCGCAAGGUCAAGACGUUGGCGAAGAAGACCGAUCCUGUAGGAGUAAGAUUACCCCAGUCGGGAUACCUGACGAAUAUGGGUCUGGUAUUUCCCGCAAAGGACAUGCGGGACUCGGAAGGGAUCUUGCCUCGCAAUCGCACAGCAUUUCCCAUGUACGGCGUUAGCGGGUUCACGACUACUGGCAGUUUGUAUAAAAUUGAGUAUUACCUCACAGUUCGGGCUCACUUAACAUCUGCACGAGAUAUUACUAUCCGACAACCUAUUGUGGUUUGCCCACUUGACCACGCUGGUUGCAAAGAGGAAAUGGAGGCGAUCGAACAAGCUGCUCGAGACGCAGCCCAUGUCAACCCCGAUAACCCAAUGCUGCCACUCCCCUCGAUCGUGCGCCCCAGCGAUCCCAAUGCCCUUAGUUACAUCGGCGUCGCCAUGGUCGCCAACCAGAAAAAGCUUUUGAUCGACUGA